AUGAGUGAUCUCCUGACUAUCCGUGAGAAAGGUGUCCUCUUCACGCUGCUUGAACCUCAGUGUAAGCUGAUCAAAACAACAGUAGCACAGGUACUCAUGGCCAAAGAUACCCAGGGUGAAAGUCCAGGCUGGAGUUGUAUGGGUUGUGGAGCGUUGUGUCUCGUGGAGGAUGAGACCAUUCACUCCUACUUCCUGCGUCUCUACUCUGUCAAGCAUGCAAAGUUACUUUGGGAGCAGGAGCUGUAUAUCCCAUUCAAGUACACUGCAGCUCGCAUGUUCUUCCACACUUUCCCUGGAGAUGACCACCAGGUUGGCCUCAACUUUGCAAAUGAGACAGAGGCCGAGGAAUUUCACCUUGCAGUGGAGACUGUCCAAAGAAACCAAGGAGAGAUGACCUGGAUAGUUGCAGAAGAGGACAGCUCAACAAGUGACCCACCUGAUUCAGGAACUAAGCAACUUGACCAUUUGGACGGGGAGCAAUAUUUCCCCAUAGACUUAACACCUACACCAACCACCAGUUCAUUCAUGGAUCGGGACAACGCAAUAAGGAGGCUGUUGAUGCAGGCAAACCUCACUGCGGAAGACCUGAAAGACAAAGACGUUGCUGAAGCUGUCGACUGCAUCAUAAACCAGUUUGGAGGACUAAAGGCUGUGCAGAGAGAGCUGAGGAACAGAGGCCCAGUAUCGCAGACAAUGCCGAGAUCUGCAGGGGCGUCCAUUUCCCUUGCUCUGAAGAAAGGGCCUUUGCCACCGGUUCCCUCUAUCAAACGCAGCACCAGCACCAAAACCUCCCAGCAGACUCCAAAGGGCACAGACACGCUAAGCCAGAGUCCCCCUUGGAUUCCUCCUCCUUCACAUGCUCCAGUUGUUCCAGAGAGAAUGAGGAAGCGUGCAAGUUUCAAACAGGUGGGCUCCUUGGCAGCUGCAGACAGAUGCAACCAUAUCCUGAAUGCAUUGAGAGAAGUCGAAGUAGCCAGACAUAAGAAGCAACUCCAGUGAAUCACAUGCAGAUGGGAGUCAGACCGGGCAGGAUUCCGACAAUGAUGUGCACAAUUAAAGAAAGUUUGUUUUAUCUGAGCUGUGUAUGAUACACUAAUUAAAAGUUGUGAUACAUCUGAAA